AUGCUAAAGAUGAAUCCGCUUGUAUCGGAUGUUGCUGAUAAAGGGAUAGAAUCUAAGACGAAUGCGGUCAAAGUUGUUAGACGAUCGAAUGUUGAUGGUAAAUCUGGGCAUGAACCUUCGCCACCUCUGGAGAAAUUAUUGCAAGCGGGAUCAACGAAAUUGAAACAGAUGACAAAUGAGAAACCAAUUUCAAGUCAAUCUGACUUUAUGUGGAACAAGAAGGAAACUGAUUGGAGACCGAAUUAA